AUGCGGCCGCAUCCAAAGACUGGCCGCCGGCGUCUGUCGCCGCCCGAUCGCAACGCUGUUGCCCAAGGUGUCACUGAAGGAGCGGAGCUGCGGCGAGAGUCUCCCGGAUUCUUUCCACCGCUCACCAACAGCCCUCCGACGCUUCACUCGUACAAGGACUCGUCUCUGUCAUCCCUGUUGUUUGGCCUCUUAUGCUGUUUGCUUAACAUUGCUCUAUACUUGAUCAGUGGUGAGAUUUCGCGUUUGCUUCAACAAGAACGGCAGCUGGAGCGGCAUGACGCACUUCACUACGUGUGUCGCGAGGGGGGAGGUGGAGACCACGAUGGUGUCAAGUCUCCAGGAUCGCCAUCUAAUCUUAAUCGCGGCCGACAAAGCGGCGAACCAUGCACAACUGUGUCUGGUGACUCUGAUGUCAAGACCAGGGUCGUCGUCCUGAAUAUCCCCUAUUUCAUGUCGUGGUUUUCCCAGUCUCUGCAGGUGUGUUUCUUCUUUUUUGCAAUUGCGGCGAUCAAGCGACGGAAACGACGCCGAUGCGCAAGUGUGUGUGAAACUGAACUGGUGCGCGCCAAAUCCCCCCGCGGGACAGCCCCGGACCUUGGUGACAGUGCGCGCGUCCGGUUCUCGUCCGUAGAAGGCGAUCAGCACGGUGUCUCUUCUGGGGAUAGGAACCAGAGCGGCGGCGACGGUGGGAGUUGCUCCUGCCCUUUGAGUGAGGUGAACCAGGAGGCGUCGGUCCAUCCCCAUCCACGGGAGUCUCACCAGGGAAGGCGGUACUGGCCGCUGGCCGCGGAGUCGGGCGGCGCUGAAACGGGGAAUGUUUCUGACGAAAUAUCAAGUAAGUCGUCUGAGCUUGUGCGUGUGUCCCCGACUGAUGUUGCGGCUCAAAGUAAGAAGCUGGAAAGCAAGCAGCAACUACCGUGGCCCCCGUCGGUGCGUUGCAUGAGAGAAGGUGGCGCUUCAAGCCCCUGUGCCAGUCGCUUCCGGUCUGGCUUGCUGAAAGCAGAGCUUCAGCAGCCUUUGAUACCUGCUGACGAAGGUGCUCCGGAAGGCUCACCGAUAAAUACAGAUGAAGCAAAUGGCAUAGUGGGCCAGGAGUCGACCGCAGACGACUCGGGAAGCGAGUGGUGGAUAGAUGGUGUCGAAGGUUUACUCAUUUUUGGCUCAAAUGAGGAGCGACCUUCAGAAUCCCGUGACGGGGAAAGGCGCUAUGCAACUAAAGGACAACUAGAAACUGAUUCCUGCGCGCGCGCCGACUCGGAUUCCGGUCUGCAACUACAGGCUCCACAGAGAAAGGCUACAGCCGAUUCGCACAAUCCUGGAUAUUCUUCGCAGGGAAAUUUUUUCCUGUUUUUGAGAGCGAUAAGGAAUUGUUUUAAAUAUUGUGGAGAGAACCUUCGAAAACAUCUGUGGAGCAGCAAAAUUAAAUAUUAUUUGUCAGAGUCUGUUGCACAUCCUUUCAGAAGGCACAUCUAUACUCCAUACCUAAGCGAAACGUACGAGCUUCUCAAGGAUUUCGUGGAAACGGAUGUGCAAUACGCCAGUUUCGAUGAACUCGUUUGGGCAUGCGCGUGGAUUGGAGCUCUUUACCUGCUUCAGUCGUGGACAUGGACAUCUGCGGUGGGCAAGGACGGUAUGAGUGUGGGAACCGUGACAGCAAUAUAUAAUAUCAAUCCGGUCUUUGUUUUCCUUUUCACUGUGUGUUUGUAUAAAGAAGGGGCAGAUGAUUGCGUGCAAAUAGUAGCGCUCAUCCUUGCUACAGUCGGAGUCGCGUUGAUAGCCUACCAUAAUGAGGGUGAACCAACGUCAACCUCAGGUGUUUUGUUGUCGGUAUUUUGCGCAGCUUCCUACGGGCUCUUCGAGGUUGUCUUCAAAAAUUAUAUCCUGAACGGGAGGUCAAACCUCCCUUUAGCGUUCAUUUUUUUGAUCGUCGGCAUUAUAGGAGUGCUAAGUCUGUUUAUUUUUUGGAUACCACUUGCCAUUUUACAUGUGCUGCGUCUCGAAGUAUUUCCUGAAUCGCUACCCCCGCCACUUCUCAUCAUCCUUCUCAUCUUCGUAUGCGUAUGCAGUUGCCUACAUACUCUUUUACUCCAGGUGUCUCUCUUGCUGUUACCAUCUCCAAUCCUCGUAGCGUUGUGUUCCCUCUUGUCGUUGCCAGCGGCCGCGGCGGCAGACUGGCUGAGCGGCGGAGGUGGGGGCGUGGGCGGCAUAGGUAGCUUCUUUAUUGCCAGUGCCUUUCUAAUCACCUCUGUCAACGAGUGGAGGAUUCAGGAUCUCGAAAAAGCCCGCACGUACAGGCGGCUCGUUUCGCUUGCAGAGCAACAUCCUCGCGAGUAUGAUGAACUCCGGAAGCUCAUGCAGACGCCUGAUAUACACGCAGCCACACCCGGUCGGAGAGCGUCUUGGGUGGGCGGCGAGUCUCAGGACGCGGAGCCGUCCUUGGAGUCCAUCGCUGCGCAUCUCGUGGCACAGAAGAAAGACGAGGACGUUGGCGCUGAACUCAAGGAGAUGUUUUGCGUCUUUUCCGCUCCGGAUAGUGAGAAUGAAUUCCUUGUAAUUGAAGAAGCCGAUCUAGCUCUCUUCCAUUUAGGCUCUGAGGCCACGCGUGAAUCAGAGAAGGGGGACGACGCAGAUCCCGAUUCAGUACAGGCCCCUAUCUAG